AGCUGCUGCAUUCCUUCGUUAGAAGACCAUCUAAGAGUUUUCGAGUUAGAGAGAGAAAACCAGUUUCAAGUUUUCUCCCUCUUCCUCAAUACAUUCACUCUAAACAAAGUCUUUCUCUCUCUCUCUCUUUUAAACUCAUACAAAAAUGGAAGGAGAAAAGUUGAAGCCGAUGGAUUCAGAACAGUUGAGAGAAUAUGGUCAUAAAAUGGUGGAUUUUGUUGCUGAUUACUACAAGAACAUUGAAAAUUUCCCUGUUCUUAGCCAAGUUCAGCCAGGGUAUCUUCGCGAUCUCUUACCAGACUCUCCACCAGUUCAACCAGAAUCUUUAGAGAAUGUCCUUGAUGAUGUAAGAUCAAAAAUAUUUCAAGGAGUAACGCAUUGGCAAAGCCCUGGAUAUUAUGCUUAUUUCCCUUCUAACAGCAGUAUUGCCGGAUUCCUGGGAGAAAUGCUUAGCGCUGGCAUUAACAUUGUUGGCUUUAGCUGGGUUAGCUGCCCUGCAGCAACCGAACUUGAAGUAAUUGUUCUAGAUUGGCUUGCAAAGUUGCUUAAGCUACCUGAGUUCUUCCUUUCUACUGGACAAGGUGGUGGUGUUAUACAGGGAACUGCUAGUGAAGCUGUUCUAGUCGCAUUGUUGGCUGCCCGUGAUAGGAUGUCAAAAAAGGUUGGGAAAGAUUCUCUCGGGAAAUUUGUUGUCUAUUCAGCAGAUCAAACACAUGCUUCUAUGCAAAAAGCUUGUCAGAUUGCAGGAAUCUAUCCCGAGAACAUUAGGAUCUUGAAAACAGAUUCUUCAAGUGCAUAUUCUCUUGCUCCUGAAGUACUCUCUAAAGCCGUUUCGCAAGAUAUUGCUUCUGGCCUCAUACCUCUUCUCUUAUGUGCUACUAUUGGGACAACAUCAUCAACUGCAGUCGACCCAUUGCUUGCUCUUGGAAAGAUUGCUAAGAGUAAUGGAAUUUGGUAUCAUGUUGAUGCUGCCUAUGCUGGAAGUGCUUGUAUAUGUCCUGAAUAUCGCCACUAUCUUGAUGGUAUUGAAGAAGCCGACUCAUUUUGCAUGAACGCGCAUAAAUGGUUCCUUACAAAUUUUGAUUGCUCAGCUCUCUGGGUUAGGGACAGGACCGCUCUCAUUGAAUCCUUGUCCACAUAUCCAGAGUAUUUAAGAAACAAAGAAUCAGAAGCAAACACAGUUGUGGACUACAAAGAUUGGCAAAUCCCUCUCGGUCGUCGUUUCAGAUCUCUGAAACUUUGGAUGGUUUUGCGGUUAUACGGCCAGGAGGGUCUGCAAUCUUAUAUUAGAAAUCAUAUAUCAUUGGCGAAACGAUUUGAAGAGCUUGUUCGUCAAGAUUCUAGAUUUGAGGUUAUUACUCCUAGGACGUUUGCAUUAGUGUGUUUCCGGUUGCUACCUCCUGCCAACGACGAAAACCUUUGUGAUAAGCUCAAUCGUGAGCUCUUGGAAUCCGUCAAUGCUACUGGAAAGAUGUUCAUUUCUCACACAGUUUUAUCGGGCAAGUAUGUACUGCGUCUGGCUGUUGGAGCUCCACUUACAGAAGAGAGGCAUAUAAAUACAGCAUGGGAGGUCUUGCAAGAAAACGCCACCACUUUGCUGAAGCCGCAUAAAAAUGACCUCGAGAUCCACACAAAUGGUUCAGUCUAGAUGGUCGGCUUGUUUUUGGAGCUACACUGUUGGAAAAGAGGCUAUAUAUGCUGCAUGACAGUUCUUCAAUCCUGCUUGAAGCUUUUCAAGUUGUACCUGCUUUAUUAUCAUUAUUAUUUAUUAUUAAUUGUAUCCAAUUUUCCAAAGAUUGGGUCGAUUGGUUUUUAUGGCUAAUAAACUACGAAGCUUUUUGUUUGAUCUUAUGUAGUUAGCAUGUGUUUUGUGCUCAUUUUGUUCUAUUAUAUUAUUUGUGGAGAAUGUACGAGUGUUUAUAUCAAUUGAAGAAAAAUAACUUGUCA